GUGACAGGCAGGCUAGCUGCGGCGGCGGACUGUAAACAUGGCGGCGUGCACAGCUACAGGGCUGUGCCGAGCACCGCUGUACUGUUAGUGUGAGAAGCGGAGACACCCCAAAAAUGGAGACCGAAGAGGAGCAGCAUAUAACCACGCUCCUCUGCAUGGGUUUCCCGGAUCCUGACGUGAUACGAAAAGCGCUCCGGCUGGCGAAGAAUGACAUCAACGAGGCAGUGGCGCUUCUUACGAAUGAAAGCCCCGGACUCGGGUAUGGAUACGAGCCGAUGGAGAGCGGGCCUUCGCCCGGCUUGGGCUCGAGUGGAGACGGGGAGAGCAGCGGGCGGACUGGGACUAGUGGGUUCGAUCCCCCUCCAGCGUACCACGAUGUCGUGGAUGGCGAGCGAAGCAACGAUGAGAACGGGAACUGCUCGGGAGGCAGCAUGGAGUUCCCCACCACCAACCUGUACGAGCUGGAGAGCCGAGUCUUUACCGACCACUGGUCCAUACCUUACAAGAGAGAGGAGUCCCUGGGCAAGUGCCUCAUCGCCUCCUCCUGCCUUGCACGGCAUGGUCUCGCGGACGCCGAUGAGAACUGCAAGCGGUUUAUGGAGCGGUGCAUGCCGGAGGCCUUUAAAAAGCUGUUGACCAGCAGUGCCGUACACAAGUGGGGCACAGAGAUCCACGAGGGGAUCUACAACAUGCUCAUGUUGCUGGUGGAGCUGGUUGCAGAGAGGGUCAAGCAGGACCCUGUACCCGUAAACCUCAUGGGAGUCCUGACCAUGGCCCUUAACCCUGACAAUGAGUACCACUUUAAGAACCGAAUGAAGUCAUGUCAGAGGAACUGGGCUGAGGUUUUCGGAGACGAGGCCAACAUAUUUGCAGUCUCUCCCAGCAACACCUACCAGAAAGAGCCUCAUGGUUGGCUGGUCGAUUUAGUGAAUCGGUUUGGAGAGUUGGGGGGAUUCGCUGCCAUCCAGGCUAAGCUCAGCUCAGAGGAGAUUGAGAUUGCUUGUGUAUCGGCUCUGGUCCAGCCCCUCGGUGUUUGUGCUGAAUAUUUAAACCCCAGCCUGGUCCAGCCCAUGCUUGAUCCCGUCAUUCACAAGACGAUCACAUAUGUGCAGAACCUGGAGGAAAAGGACCUGAAAGAUAAGCGUCUAGUGAGCAUCCCAGAACUGCUGUCGGCCAUCAAGCUGCUGUGUAUGAGGUUCCAGAGGGAACUGGUCGCCAUGGUGGACGACUUGCGGUUGGACACGCUGCUGCGUAUGCUCAAAACUCCCCACUUCUCCACCAAAAUGAACUCCCUCAAAGAGGUGACCAAAUUAAUAGAAGAAAGCACAGUGUCAAAAACUGUGAAAAAUGCCAUUGACACAGAUAAACUUCUGGACUGGCUCGUGGAGAACUCGGUCCUGUCGAUAGCGCUGGAAGGUAACAUUGAUCAGGCUCAGUACUGUGAGAGGAUAAAGGGAAUCAUUGAGCUGCUCGGCAGUAAGCUGUCAAUGGAUGAACUCACCAAGAUCUGGAGAAUUCAGGCGGGUCAGUCAUCAACGGUGAUAGAGAACAUUCACACCAUAAUCGCUGCUGCUGCUGUGAAGUUCAGCUUCGAUCAGCUCACCCACCUCUUCGUCCUCAUACAGAAGAGCUGGGAGGUGGAGAGCGACCGUGUUCGGCAAAAGCUGCUUAGUCUGAUUGGGAGAAUAGGCAGAGAGGCUCGCUCUGAAACGACCACAGGAAAGGUGCUAGAGGUGCUGUGGGAGCUCGCUCACCUCCCCACCCUGCCGACCAGUAUGGUCCAGCAGGCCCUGGAGGAACACCUGGGGAUCCUCAGCGAUGCCUAUGCUGUCAAGGAGACCGUGAAACGCAGUUACAUCAUUAAAUGUAUUGAAGACAUCAAGAAGGCUUCUCAGCAGAGCACUCCUCAGACGGUUUGGGUUGUCCCCGCUCUGCGACAGCUGCAUGAAAUAACCCGUUCUUUCAUCAAACAGACCUACCAGAAGCAAGACAAGAGCAUCAUCCAGGACCUGAAGAAGAACUUUGAAAUCGUCAAGCUGAUCACAGGAUCUCUCGUGUGCUGCCACCGACUCGCCGUGACUGCUUCGGGCAAUAAUGGCCUCUCUGCUUCAACCCUGGUGGACGGCAGAUACACCUAUCAGGAGUAUCUGGACAGCCACCUGAGGUUCCUGGCAUUCUUCCUCCAGGAGGCCAGCCUCUACCUGGUCUGGAACAGAGCCAAGGAGCUCUGGGAGUGCCUGGUCUCGGGACCGGAUGUUUGUGAGCUUGACCGUGAGAUGUGUUUUGAGUGGUUCACCAAAGGACAGCAUGACCUCGAGAGUGAUGUUCAGCAGCAGCUCUUUAAGGAGAAGAUUUUGAAGCUGGAACCCUAUGAGAUCACCAUGAACGGGUUCGGCCUGUUUAAGACCUUCUUUGAGAACGUGAAUCUGUGUGACCAUCGUCUGAAACGCCAGGGAACCCAGCUGUGUGUGGAGCGCCUCGACCUGGCAGGGAUGGAUUUUAUUUGGCGCAUCGCCAUGGAAACGCCUGAUGAAGAGAUAGCCAAUGAAGCAAUCCAACUGAUUAUCAUUUACAGCUACACCAACCUCAACCCAAAAAUGAAGAAGGAUUCUGUCUCCUUGCACAAGAAGUUCAUUGCUGAUUGCUACAAGAGGCUAGAAGCUGCAAGUUCGGCCUUGGGUGGGCCUACUUUAACCCAUGCUGUUACCAAGGCAACCAAGAUGCUGACAGCCACUGCCAUGCCAACGGUAGCCACAUCUGUACAAUCACCUUCCAGGUACAGAGGGGGGUUUGGAUCCACAAAGCUGGUGAUAAUUGAAAGACUGCUGUUACUGGCUGAACGCUACGUCAUCACUAUAGAGGAUCUGUACUCAUUUCCUCGCACUAUUCUACCUCACGGGGCCUCUUUCAACGGACACCCCGUCACUCUUCAUAUCACCUACGAGUCAACCAAAGAUACAUUCACCCUCGAGACUCACAGUAACGAGACAAUAGGAAGCAUCCGGUGGAAGAUCUCCGAGCACUUGAGCUGUCCAGUGGAUAAUGUCCAGAUUUUUGCCAAUGAUAGUGUGCUGACCAUGAAUCGAGACCAGAAGCUGCUCUCUCAGCUCGGCUUCAGCGACGAGCAGAGCCUGACCGUGAAAAGCUCUGGCACCGGGACUCCGUCAGGCAGCUCUGAGUCCUCAGCCUCGGUCUCUAGCAGUUCCAGCUCUGCCAUCUUCAACUCAGCCUACGCAUUGGAGCAGGAGAAGUCCCUCCCUGGGGUGGUGAUGGCUUUGGUAUGCAAUGUGUUUGAGAUGCUUUACCAGCUGGCUAACCUUGAUGAGCCUAGGAUCAUUCUUCGCGUGAGGAAGCUGCUGCUGCUAAUUCCAACAGACCCUGAAGUGCAGGACGCACUCGACAACUUUGUUCCCAAAGAAUCUAGUGUCUGGAGCCACCAGAAAACUCUUUUCACCCUUGGCCAAGGCUCAGGCUCUCGCUCUCCAUCUGUGACUCCCAAACAGCAGCAUCAGCCCAGUGCUGCAUCCAUCUUGGAAGCACUGUUUAGAUCUUCUGCCCCUGGCAUGUCUACUUUUAGAGUGCUUUACAAUCUCGAGGUAUUGAGUUCAAAGCUGAUGCCAACAUCAGAUGAUGAGAUGGCCAAAACCAGCAGCAAGUCAUUCUGUGAAAACUUCCUCAAAGCAGGAGGCCUUAGUCUGGUGGUGAAUGUCAUGCAGAGAGAUUCGAUCCCAUCUGAAGUGGACUACGAGACCAGACAAGGAGUCUACUCCAUCUGUCUUCAGUUGGCCAGGUUCCUUCUGGUUGGUCAGAGCAUGCCUACAGCACUGGAUGAUGAUGUCAUCAGGGACAGCGAUGCGCUGUCUUCCCGGCCGUUCCGUAACGCGGUGCGAUCUGGACGGCAGCUGUCUCUCUGCGGAACCCCAGAGAAGUCCUCCUACAGGCAGAUGUCUCUGUCUGAGCGCUCGUCCAUACGAGUGGAGGAGAUCAUUCCUGCCGCCCGUGUUGCUAUUCAGACCAUGGAAGUAGGUGACUUUACCUCAACCGUAGCUUGUUUCAUGCGUCUGACCUGGGCUGCUGCUGCAGGCCGACUGGAUCUUGUUGGUAGCCAGCAGCCAAUUAGAGAAACCCAGAGCUCAAUGCUACCACAGGGAGUUCGUACCAGAGUCAGCAGUACUGGGAGUAACUGCAGCUCCAGCAGCGAAGGAGAGACCACCCCGACAGCGUUGCAUGCAGGGAUAUGUGUCCGACAGCAGAGUGUCUCCAUCAAGGACGCCAUCAUCGCCCGCGAGGCUUUGUCGCUCUUGGUUACCUGUCUGCAGCUACGCUGCCAGCAGAUGUCUUCUUUUUACAACCUUCCUUCUGUCAGUGAUUUCAUUAUUGAUAUUCUGCUGGGAUCUCCCAGUGCAGAGAUCCGCCGUGUGGCCUGUGAUCAACUAUACACUCUGAGUCAGUCGGACACUUCAGCCUUUCCCGAAGUCCAGAAACCCAACCUGUUCCUGCUUUCAGUUGUUCUCACCGCUCAGCUGCCAUUAUGGAGUCCCACAUCUGUCAUGAGAGGCGUCAACCAGAGGUUACUGUCCCAGUGCACGGAAUAUUUUGACCUAAGGUGCCAGCUUCUGGAUGACCUAACCACAUCAGAGAUGGAGGUGUUAAAAGUGAGUGCAGCCAACAUGCUGGAGGAUGAAAUUUCUUGGCUCGACAACUUUGAGCCCAGCUGGAGCUCAGAGAUGGAGACCAGCGAGGCAGACAACAUCCUGCUGGCAGGACACCUCAGACUCAUAAAGACCUUGCUAUCUCUCUGUGGAAACGAGAAAGAACACCUUGGUCCUUCUCUGAUCCAGCAGUUGCUUGAUGACUUCCUGUUUCGAGCUUCCCGCAUCAUCAUCAACAGCUCCAACGCUACUCCGUCUCCGGCCCCGAGUCACGACUUCCACCCCAAGUGCAGCACCGCCAGCAGCCGACUGGCGGCCUACGAGGUCCUGGUGAUGCUGGCAGACAGCUCGCUCUCAAACCUGCGCCUCAUCACCAAGGAGCUCCUGUCCAUGCACCACCAGUCCGAUCCGUCACUCUGCAAGGAGUUUGAUUAUUUACCCCCCGUGGAGAGCCGGUCGGUCUCAGGGUUUGUUGGGCUGAAAAAUGGCGGAGCCACUUGUUACAUGAACGCUGUGUUCCAGCAGCUCUACAUGCAGCCUGGCCUGCCUGAGGCCUUCCUUUCCAUCGAGGAUGACACAGACCAGCCUGAGGAAAGCGUCUUCUACCAGGUCCAGUCUUUGUUUGGCCACCUGAUGGAGAGCAAGCUGCAGUACUACGUGCCAGAGAACUUCUGGAAGAUCUUCAAGAUGUGGAACAAAGAGCUUUACGUCAGAGAGCAGCAGGAUGCCUACGAGUUUUUCACCAGCCUGGUGGACCAGCUCGAUGAACAUCUCAAGAAAAUGGGUCGGGAACAAAUCUUCAAAAACACAUUUCAGGGAAUUUAUUCCGACCAGAAGAUAUGUAAAGAUUGUCCACACAGAUAUGAGCGUGAAGAAACCUUCAUGGCCUUGAACCUCGGAGUGACUUCUUGCCAGAGUUUGGAGAUCUCAUUAGACCAGUUUGUCAGAGGGGAGGUGCUUGAGGGCAGCAAUGCUUAUUACUGUGAAAAGUGCAAGGAGAAGAGAACCACCGUGAAGAGGACGUGUAUCAAAUCUCUACCAAGCGUUCUCUGUAUCCACCUCAUGCGGUUUGGCUUUGACUGGGAAAGCGGGCGAUCCAUAAAGUACGAUGAGCAGAUCAGGUUUCCCUGGGUGCUGAACAUGGAGCCCUACACUGUUUCUGGAAUGGCCCGGCAGGACUGCAGCGGGGAGGGAGGCGAGGGAAGAGGCGAUGGCACCUUAGGAGGAUCCCCCAGGAAGAAAGUUACAAUUUCAGAGAACUAUGAACUUGUGGGAGUUGUAGUCCACAGUGGUCAAGCGCAUGCAGGACACUACUAUUCCUUCAUUAAAGACAGACGCGGAAACGCCCGUGGCCGCUGGUACAAAUUCAAUGACAAUGUAGUGGAGGAGUUCGAUAUGAAUGACGAGACCCUGGAGUACGAGUGUUUUGGUGGAGAGUAUCGCCCCAAAGUUUAUGACCAGUCCAACCCAUACCCUGAUGUGCGGAGGAGGUACUGGAAUGCCUACAUGUUGUUUUACCAGAAGAUCAGCGACCAGAAUUCACCUGCCCUGCCGAAGAAAAGUAGAGUCAGCAUCAUGAGGCAAGAGGCUGAGGAUCUUUCACUGUCUGCCCCAUCCUCCCCUGAUGUCUCCCCUCAGUCCUCUCCUCGGCCCCCUAGAGCCAACAAUGACCGCCUCACCCUCCUGACACGCCUGGUUCGCAAGGGCGAGAAGAAGGGCCUCUUUGUAGAGAAGAUGCCCGCCAGCAUCUUCCAGAUGGUUAGAGACGAGAAUCUGAGAUUCAUGAGAAACAGGGACGUCUACAACAGUGACUACUUCAGCUUCAUCCUCUCCCUGGCUUCGGUCAAUGCAACAAAACUGAAGCACCAAAACUACCAGCCCAUGGCCAAAGAAAGUCUCCAGCUGGCUGUUCACUUUCUCUUCCAUACCUACUUGCACACCAAAAAGAAACUCAGGGUGGACACAGAGGAAUGGAUGGCGGCUGUGGAGGUGCUGCUGUCUAAGAGCAGCGAGGCUUGUCAGUGGAUGGUGCAGUUCCUGGUUGGACCAGAGGGACGAGAGAUCAUCAGGGUUUGUCUGUUGGAAUGCAGCGUACGGGAGGUGAGGACCGUGGUGGCGUCCAUCCUAGAGAAAACUCUGGAGAGCGCGCUGCACUUCGGAGACCCGGGACUGGACAGUCUGACCGAUGCCUUGCUGUCACUGCUGGACAAAGACGUUCCCGAAAAUGUGAAAAACUGUGCCCAGUACUUCAACCUCUUCAGUAACUUUACUCAGAGGGGUUGCGGUUCCUGCCAGCUGUUGUUGAAGCACGCAGCCUACCGUCGGAUGCUCAUCUUCCUGUUGGGAUCCAACAGGCAAAACAACCAGAACCGAAGGUGGAGUCCAGCUCAGGCUCGGGAGUUCCUCCACCUCCACAGCACUCUGGCACUCAUCACGCUGCACACUGACCUUAGCCCCCAGCGGACCCUCACUCCAGGAGGAUCCAAGUUGCCUGCCAGUAGCGUCCAGUCCUCCGGCCCUCUCCUCCAGCUUCAUCCUGACAUUCUUGCAUCUCUCUUCACUCCAGAGGGACAGCCUUACCUUCUCGAGGUAAUGUUUGCGAUGCGUGAGCUGUCAGGACCUCUGUCUCUUCUGAUAGAAAUGGUCACCUACUGCUCAUACUGUAAUGAGGGCUUUUCCCUGGGAGUGCUGCAGUUACUCAAGAGUCAGCUGGAGACAGCUCCUCCUCAUGAGCUGAAGAACGUUUUUCAGAUGCUGCAGGAGAUACUUGUUGUUGAAGACCCUCUGCAGUCCCAGAGACUCAAGUACGCCUUUGAGUCAGACAGAGGCUUGUUAGCUUUGAUGCACCAGAGCAACAAUGUGGACAGCAGGCGCUGCUACCAGUGUGUAAAGUUCCUGGUCACAUUAGCUCAGAAGUGUCCUCCAGCCAAAGAUUACUUCAAAGAUUUGUCUGGUCACUGGAGCUGGGCCGUGCAGUGGCUGCAGAAAAAGAUGACUGAACAUUACUGGACUCCACAGAGCAAUGUCUCCAAUGAGACAUCCACCAAUAAAACCUUCCAGCGCACCAUCUCUGCACAGGAUACCUUGGCCUACGCCACCGCAUUGUUAAAUGAGAAGGAGCAGUCUGGCAGCAGCAACGGCUCCGACGGCAGCCCGGCGAAUGAAAACGCAGAGCGCAGCCUCCGACAGGGCUCAGAGUCUCCCAUGAUGCUCGGCGAUUCAAAGAGCGAUCUAGAAGACGUAGACUCCUAACUCCUCCAGCAGGCGGGAUGACUCAGACGGAGAGGCAGCACAGGUCCAGGCGGCUGUUGAAAUGCGCCGCCCUUUGCCUGUGAUUGGUCAGGACUCUUGGGACUCCACAGGAAGCCGAUCAGGACACUUUCUCUCGGUCGCCAGGGCAACCAGGGAGCUGCAAAUAAAUCAUGAAUUACUUCCUUUCAGAGCGGCCAAGGCAACAGUGGCGACAAAUUAUCAUUAGGGGCACCACAGCUGAUCGGGGCGGGAAAGCGAAUUCACGGAUGACUUCAGUUUAUCCUUUUCUAUUCACUCGGAACGACAUGGAGGUGGAGGAUGGGCUCGGGUGGUGUUUUAGCAAUGUUCUGCUCAUGUUUGCCAAUGUGUUUGCAACGGGCAUAUUCACGUUGUAAUUAAGAUUUGUUCCAUAGGUGUAAUUUUCAGUGUAAGAUAAUAUUUUAAAGUCUUCUCCACAACCAUGCAAAAUGAAGGAGGCAUCGCUAGAGCUGCUCUAGAGGAACUCACAGGUGUGUGUUUGUACAGAAACACCUCCACACACGAGCUCCUGGGAGGGUGGGGUGGGUUGGGUUCAGUAUGCACUUUAUAGUCCAGCCCAGGCUAUUGUGAUGUACACAAUGCAGCACGGGUCAGUUCCUCCAGAGCCACUUGGCGCCAUUCUCUUCUUCUGUUUUUUUGUUUUUGUUUGUUUGUUUUUUGCUUUUAAAAAUGUUUGUGCCACUUACUCCAGCCGCUCCCCCUGUGACUGGACCUUUUGACCCAGAGGUACCGGGUCGCCGUGCGUGUCAGGAUCAGGACAGAUCAGCAGAUCUCAGACUAGUAGUGCCAUAGUCAGCACUCAACCCAACCCUUCACCCUGUCUUCGUCCCGCUGACAGGCAGCCUCAUGUGCCGAAUUUCAUAGUUUUUCAUCGCUGCGUUUUAUUUUCUUUGCCACUUUUUUUUUUUUUUUCUCUGGAUGUUUUCUAUCCGACAGAGGAUCUUCAGCCUUAUGCAACCUGAUCUGGGAGCGCUUGGAUCAGUCUAGGCAGGCCACCAGUGCCGACUGAAGGGAAGCUCAGAGCACGUUUUUUGUUUUGUUUGUUUUUUUAGGUGCCAAGAGUUACAUUCACACACAUGCACAGAACGAAUGAUUUACUCAUUUCGCUCACAAAUGCACACAGGUCCUCCUCACUUCAUUGUUACCUCUGCUCCGUCGGGUUUGUUUUUUGCUUUGCCUUUUGCAUCUGCAUGCCUUUGUAAACACUCACAGGGGAGCUUAACCCACAUGUAGCUCUAGUUUCCACUGGAGAGAAACACCCGCGUUGCCAUCAUCUCUCAACCCAGUCGUCGGGAGUCUUUAAGUGCCUUAAUCUCCCGAUUCACCCCGCCGCCCUGCUUCCAACAUGCUGUCCUCACAUAUUUAGUCAAUGUCUGCUUCACCAGCGUUUCCUCUAGUCGCUUGAGCUGGCUGUAGUAUUACAACAGGGCUCGCUCAUCUCCAUUCCUGUCCCAGUCCAAACAGGGAAUCACCUCUGUGGGUUGUGACAAAGGCUCUGUGAAUGUAGCUGUCUGAGUGCUGAGGGUGGCGGUGUAAAGAGGGUUUUGGAGAUGAUAAUAAUGCUGCUUAUUUUCACUCUGUUCCCAGGCAGAGGGGCGUAGUAGAAACUGGUUUAGUGUGUGUAGUUUCACUCACACAGGCUUAAACUAGCUUGGCAGGUCAACUCUCAGAAUUAACAGGUCAAUGUUUACAGUGUGAGGACCUACAGUAUGAGGCAAUCAUGCAAACUGGCUUUUCUGUUCUCACCGAUGCCACUCGGCAUGCUCAAAGCCUAUAGAGAGGAAAACACUGCUCCAGCCCCUCCAUUCACGCCCCUCCCUCCUCCUUUCACUCGGACUCAUUAGUUGUGAAUGUCACAGCGUGCUCUCCGGCACGUUUGCAUGUGUAGUGGUGAAGUUUGUGCUUUUUCAGCGUGACGGAACAAAAAUCAACCCCCUGUGUUGUUUGCCGUGUGAUUCGGUAUCAUUAGCACUUACAAACAAGGCUUCGCGAGGGAGCACGUGGCCAUGGCAACAUGAGCCCCAUCCAGCUGAGAGUAUCUCGUAGGUUCUGCCCUCUUCUACAUCGACACAACUAUUUAAAGAGGGGGAAGGGGCUUUAAAACAAUCUUUUGCUUUAUUUUGGGAUGCAGGGAGGGGUGAGCAAGUGUGUGGGUUGGGACUGGCAUCCAUACGGGUUUUUACUGUGUUUCAACUUUGAAAGUUCACUUCCGACAACGCAGCAAUCUGUAAUGCAUGCGAAAACUGGAUUUUAAUUUGUACAUCAGAGUUUGAUUAAGGGGAAAUUUGAUAAAAAAUAAACUGCAAUGCACAACCUUU